AUGGGUGCCUGUGCAAGCAUACCCAAGGACAUUAAGGGACAGGCUCCAGAGGAGCCUGUAGUCGACACCGUUGUUGCCCCCGAGGAGACCGACAAGGCCACCGAGCCCGUCGCUCCCCAAGAGGCUGAAGCAGCAGAGCCGACAGAGACGGUAGAGGAGGAGGAGAAGGAGAAGAAGGAAGCAGCGACGACCGACGAGUCGGAAACAAAGCCGGAGGAGUCCAAAGCCAUUGAAGCAGAAGAAGGUGAGAGCGACAAGAAGGAGAAGGAAGAUGAAGCAGAGAAGAAUGUGAAGAGCGAGGAGAGCUUGAAGGAGGAGCCUUCUGAGGCUUCCAAGGCUUAA